UAAAGGCAUUGUAUAAAAAUUCUAGACAAAGUUAUUUUAGGAGUGUGUGUAUCUUUCACAUUCCACAACAAAGCAUAAACAUUCAGAGAUAGCUAUGGCUUCUUCUUCUAUCAAGAAACAUGAUGUUUUUAUCAGUUUCAGAGGCCAAGACACUCGCACCAAUUUCACAAGCUUUCUUCAUGCUGCUUUGUGUAGAAACCACAUUGAAACCUACAUAGACUAUAGGAUCAAUAAAGGAGAAGAGGUUUGGGAAGAACUUGAAAAGGCGAUUAAAGCGUCUACUUUAUUUUUGGUUGUGUUCUCAGAAAACUAUGCGUCUUCAACAUGGUGUUUGAAUGAACUUGUUGAAAUAAUGGAAUGCAGCAAAAAUGAACGAAACAACAUUGUUGUGAUUCCUGUGUUCUACAAAAUUGAACCUUCACACGUGCGAAAGCAGACUGGGAGUUACCACGCUGCGUUGGCGAAACACAAGAGACAAGGCAAAGAUAAGAUUCAGAAGUGGAAGAAUGCUAUCUUUGAAAUCGCUAAUUUAUCUGGCUUUGAUUCUAGUGCUUAUAGGACUGAAUCGGACUUGAUUGAAGAGAUUAUCAAAACUGUUUUACGAAAACUGAAUCACAAGUAUACAAAUGAACUCAGAUGCUUGUUCAUACCAGAUGAAAACUAUUCAAGCAUUGAAUCAUUAGUAAAAUCUGAUUCGGGAGAAGUUAAAAUAAUUGGAAUAUGGGGCAUGGGAGGCAUAGGAAAGACAACCCUUGCUGCUGCCAUAUUUCAGAAGGCUUCUUUCCUAUAUGAAGGUAGUUGUUUCCUAGAAAAUGUGACACAAGAAUCAAAGAGACAUGGAUUCAGUUACACAUGCAACAAGCUUCUUUCUAACUUAAUAGGGGAAGAUCUUGCGAUUGACACUCCCAAAGUAAUACCAACUAUGGUUAUGAGAAGACUCAAGCGCUUGAAAGCUUUCAUUGUACUAGAUGAUGUUCAUACUGUAGAACUUCUAGGAAAUUUGAUUGGAGUAGGGCUUGAUUGCCUUGGAGCUGGUAGUAGAGUCAUUGUGACAACCAGAGAUAAGCGUGUGUUGAUAAGUGGAAAAAUUCAUCAAAUUCAUAAAGUUAAACAAAUGAACUAUCACAACUCGCUACAGCUUUUCAGUUUGAAUGCUUUUGACAAAGUCUUACCUGAGGAGGGAUAUGUGGAGCUGUCAGAAAGAGCAAUUGACUAUGCUAAAGGCAACCCUUUGGCUCUGAAAAUUUUGGGAUCAUUUCUUCGAUGUAAAAGUGAAAUAGAAUGGAAGUGUGCACUAGCUAAACUCAAAGAAAUUCCAAACACAGAGAUUGAUUUGAUAUUGAGAUGGAGUUAUCAUGAAUUGGAUGAUAAAGAGAAAAACAUAUUUUUAGACAUUGCGUUGUUUUUCAAAGGAUAUAAAAGGGAUAUGAUAACAAAAAUAUUAAAUGAGUGUGGUUUCUAUGCGGAAAUAGGGAUAAGACAACUUUUAGACAAGGCUCUUAUAAGUGUUGACUCAAACAAAUGCAUACAAAUGCAUGACUUGAUACAAGAAAUGGGCAUACAAGUUGUUCGUGAACAAUCUCCUAAGAAUCCCGGACAACGCAGUAGAUUGUUUGAUCCUAAGGAUGUUUGUGAUGUACUGAAAAAUGAUAGAGGAACUGAGAUGGUUGAGGCUAUAUUUUUUGAUGCUACUGAAUUUGAGCCCCUAAAUUUAAGCCCCAAAGCAUUUGAGAAGAUGCCAAACCUAAGGUUACUUGCUUUUAUAGACCGCAAGGGAAUUAAGUCUAUAAGAUUUCCUAGUGGCCUUGAUUUAUUGCCAGAAAAAUUGAGAUGUCUUUAUUGGGAUGGCUAUCCAUGUAGAUCUCUGCCUCCGACCUAUUUUCCUGAAUUCCUAGUGGAGUUUACCAUGCGAGACAGCCAUGUGGAAAAGCUUUGGAAUGGAGUACUGAAUUUGCCAAAUUUAGAAAUACUUGACCUCAGUUACUCCAAAAAGAUGAUAGAGUGUCCAAAUGUGUCUGGUUUCCCGAAUCUAAAACAUUUAAGACUUAGCGGUUGUGUAAGCUUGCCCGAAGUUGAUUCAUCGAUCUUCCUUCUCCAAAAGCUUGAAAAAUUACACAUGGAUGGAUGCAUGACGCUUAAGACUCUUUCGAGUAACACUUGUUCACCAGCUCUCGUUUUCUUUGAUGCCAUGUAUUGCAACAAUCUGCAAGAGUUCUCUGUCUCAUUUGCUUCCGUAGAUGGUUUGCAUUUGUCGUUACCAAAGUUUGCUGCGAAUGAACUUCCAUCAUCAAUAUUGCAUUUCAAAGAAGUUGAUAUGUUUACGAGUCCUAUCAGUGAUAGUCUUGUGGAUCUUCCUGAAAACUUUGCCAUUUCUAUUUGUCUUGUGAGUGUUAGAGGAGAACAUGACGCUUCCAUCACUUUAAAUAAAGUACUUUCUAGCCCUGCCGUACUGAGUGCAAAAGCCUUAAUCAUUCAACAUUUUUUUAUCUUGUUUAAAAUACCAGACAAUAUCUCCUUACUAUCAUCAUUAGAGUAUUUAAUACUAAUUAGUAUUCCAAUUAAAAGCUUGCCUGAAGCCAUUAAGUAUCUUCCCCAAUUGAAAGUUCUUGAAGUUAUCCGUUGUAAUAUGCUUGAAUCUAUACCUGCACUUUCACAAUUCAUUCCAUAUUUCUUUGUCUGGGCAUGUGGAUCUCUUGAGAAAGUAUUGAGCUCAACAAAUGAACCAUUUGACGGCCCAACUCGUGGUUUUAUGUUCCUUAACUGCACAAAGUUGGAUUGUCAUUCAUGUCAAACAGCUCUGAAGGAAUCUAUUGCUGGGAUAGAAUUUGGAGCAAGACUAAGUUCAAAAAAUGAAGAUCCAUCCUUAGAUUAUGAUUUUCAGUACUUCUUACCUGCUAUGUGUGGCAUAGAAAAUUGGUUCCAUUACCAUUCUACACAGGCUUCCUUCACUCUUGAGCUUCCUCCCAAUUUGUUGGGUUUUGCCUACUACUUGAUUCUUUCUCAUGGCAAUGUGGGAGAUGGUGUAGAUUAUGGAUGUGAGUGCUGCUUGGACAACUGUUCAGGUGAAAGGACUUAUAUAACAAGUUUCAAAACAGCCGCUUUCAGAAGUGUGGCCUUUUAUAAUGUCGAGCCUUCAAUAUACCUGAUGUUCGAUCAUUUGAUUUUAUGGUAUGAUACACCAAAAUGCAAGCAGAUAAUGGAAGCAGUUGAAGAAAUAAAAGCCAUUAAUGUUGUGAACAACACCAGUUACAGUCCGAAGCUUACAUUUAGAUUCUUCAUUGAUGAAGGCCAAUAUAAUGAAGUAAGGGUAAUAGAGUGUGGUCUUAAGUGGAUAUAUCCCUUUGAAGCCAGUGCAGUUCCAAAUAGAAAUGAUGAUCAAGAAGAUGCAGUUCCUCCAACAAACAGUUUAGAGCAACGUGUCGCCGGAAGUCUUUCCAGCUUAGAAGUAGAUGAAAGUGAAGACUUGAGCGAUUCACUUGAACGACUCUUGCAUAUUGGAUUUUAUGGAAACCUACUGGAAUGGAGAGAAGAGAAUUGAAACUGAUUUAAAGAGACAAAACAAAUAGGAGACAAAGACACAACACUUUAUGUGAAUGGGAUUAAAUGAUUAUGUAAAGUUACUUCAUGCUAAAAGUAAGCUGAAAAUAAAGUGAUAUAUGUUUGGAUAAAUUUAUGUAAAAGUGAGUUGUGAUAAAUGUAAUUUAUUGUGAUGCUUACUUGAAAUAUAAGAGGUAGUUAGUGACAAAUUUUGUUUUAACAGAAUUAGUUAUGUUACUUAGGGUAUAUAGUUAGUUAGAGUUUUUUUAAUUACUUGUAAUGCAAGUAACUACUAUAAAUACCCUUGUACUGUAAUCAUUCAAUAAUAGUGUAAUACAUUCCAUUCGCUCACUCUCACUCUCACUCUCAAUCUUCAUCUUUUCUUUAAUUCUCUCAAAAGUGUAAAGUGGGUGUUGAAGAACAAAACUUAAUCAAGUCGUCUAUAUCAUUCAAGUGAGAGUG